AUGGAAUCCCAAUUCAAUCGUCGAAAUGGAGCACGACGCCGCAACUUUGAGAUCAACGACGCGAUUUUUGCCAAAGAUUAUCGAGGUCAGAAACCCACUUGGACUCUCAGUUUAAUCACACGCCGUGUUGAAAACACACCCUACACUAUUCGGUGUGGAAACGGAGUAUGGACUCGGCACGUAAACCAUUUGCGAUCCAGGAUCAGCACAACUGCGACUAACACUUUCUUGGAUGUGGUCGACCUACCGCUACUCAACUCCGCGAGCAGGGACGAUAAUACAACGCCGACUGCCGACUCGUUUCAACAACCGCAACGCUUCGACGACCCUGCCGCCGGCUACAGGUGGACCCACGAAGAACUCGAUACGAGAUAUUUUGAAAGGGAGGUGUUGUAG